CUUCAACUUACUUUUUUCUCUACUGUUACCAGCGAUGGCGUCUGCUGAUCUGAGACAGGAGCUGGACUGUUCUCUCUGUCUGAAAAUGUAUACAGAUCCUGUAACCCUGAGAUGUGGCCACAACUUCUGCCGGGUCUGUAUUGAUCGUGUGCUGGAUACACAGGAGGGGGCUGGAGCUUAUACCUGUCCUGAAUGCAGAGCAGAGUGUCAGGAGCGUCCUGCACUGCGGAGGAACAUAACGCUGUGUAACAUAGUGGGGAGGUUCCUGUCUACUCGGCCAGAUCAGGAGGAGACUGGGAUCUUCUGCACUUACUGUGUGGACUCUCCUGUACCUGCUGCUAAAUCCUGUCUGCUGUGUGAGGCUUCUCUGUGUGAUAAACACCUGAGAGUACACAGCAAGUCAGCAGAACACGUCUUAUGUGAUCCCACCACUGCCCUGGGGAACAGGAAAUGCUCCGUCCAUAAGAAGAUCCUGGAGUAUUACUGCACUGAGGAUGCUGCCUGUAUUUGUGCGUCCUGCUGUCUGAUUGGGAAACACAGAGGACAUCAGGUGGAGUCUCUAGAUGAGGCCUUUGAGACCAAGAAGGAGAAGCUGAGGAAUGUUCUGCAUAAACUGACCACAAAGAGAGAGGAGACUGAGAAAAGAGUCCAGAGUCUGCAGGAGCGCAGGAGAGAAUAUCAGGGAAAAGCAGCUGAUGUAACAGAGACAGUCACUGCCCAGUUUAGAGACAUCAGGAGACAGCUGGAAGACCUGGAGAAGAAAGUCCUGAGUGAGAUCUCUGGACAGGAAAAGUGUGUUUCUCUCUCGCUCUCUGAUCUGAUCCAGCAGCUGGAAAUUAAGAUGGACGAUUUGUCCAGGAAGAUGCGUCACAUUGAGGAGCUGUGUAACAUGUCUGACCCAGUGACUGUCUUACAGGAACCAGACACAGGGGACUUGUGUGAUACGGAGGACAGAAAGAGACAUUAUGUAGAGGUCCAUGAUGUAGAAGACCUGAAUGUGGAUCUAAUCGCAGGAACAUUGCACACAAGAUUAUCUGAUAUACUAGCAGCUAUAAAUACAGUGAUCUAUAUGCAGGAACCUACAGACAUAUUACUGGAUGUAACCACAGCUUCCAAUAAUAUACAGAUUUCAAGUGACCUGAAAACUGCAUCCUGGUCACAGAUAAACCAGAAUCACCCAGAAACACCAGAGAGAUUUCAUUUUCCUCAGGUAAUAAGCACCAGGGGAUUCUCCUCAGGGCGACAUUACUGGGAGGUGGAGAUCAGUAACUGUACAUCAGGUUGCUGGAGAGUAGGGAUGUGUUACCCCAGUAUUGAGAGGAAAGAAAGACCAUCACUCCUUGGAGGAAAUAACAAGUCUUGGUGUUUGUGUAUGAGGGGGUAUAAUAAGUGUAUGCAGUGGUAUAAUCAGUACUCAGUGAUGCAUGACAGUAAAGAAAUUAAAUUACCUGAAAAUAUUCCCUAUGAUAGAGUGAGGGUAUAUCUGGAUUAUGAGGCAGGACAGCUGUCCUUUUAUUCUCUGUGUGACCCCAUCAGACACUUACACACCUACACUGCCGCCUUCACUGAGCCCCUCCAUGCUGCAUUAGGUGUAGGAAUUGGUUGUAUCAAAAUAUCUGGGGGAGUAAGGAGAAAUGAUAAUACAUCCACCCAGGUGCUGGUGAAAUCAGAGGAAAUGUCAUUUGAUGGAUGGAACAUAUAGCCAUUAGAAAGUGGUGAGUAGACCUACAGAUGACCUCCUACUAUGUUCUAUAAACAGUAUUCUUGAAUAUGUUCCAUUGUUGCUGUUUUAUUCUAAACACAGUGUGGGACUGGAGCAUGAAGGGCCCACCGGGGAUAUGCAGUGGUAUGGGCCCAUGAUUAGAGGUGUGGUCAGCCUCCAAAGAGGGUGUGGCCAGCCACCAGAGAGGUUUAGCUAACCAUUAUAGAGUACCUGAUCUGGACUCCUUGAUAAUUUAUAAAUUAAUGCUAGUGCAUGAAUGAUAAUGUGCCAGAUUAAUGACAGCAAUGUUCUGUAGAGAAUACACCAUAAUCCUGUGCAGUAUUAUUAUUAUUAUUACCAGUUAUUUAUAUAGCGCACACAUAUUCCGCAGCGCUGUACAGAGAUAUAAGGUAACAUAUGUUUCCCCUGUACCCCGGUGGGCCAGUCCGAGCCUGUCCAAACAUAUCAUACUUACCUUCUCUCUCAGAACUUCUGGGAGACGCCUUCUAUGAGAAUCAUCUAGUUUCUGUCCUGUUCCCUUCUUGAUAGACUAGCAGCAUCGCACAAUGAGGGGGUGGGGCCUAAUGAUGUGAAGCGCUAAUCCCCUCCCCCACCACCACUCCUCCUUGGGCUUUUCCCAAAGGGGUCAACUCAAAAGUAUACAAGUAUGAAAUAUAUAAAUGUACAUUUCUCCAUCUUUGAGUCACUGAGAGCUGUGAUUGGCUAACCUGUCUGUCAUCCUGUGUGUACCCGGCUAUUGUAGUCAGUGAUAAGCUGCUAUUGUUACAACUAGUCCUGGAAACAGGAAGAAAUCAAUUGAAAAAUGUCAGAAAUAAUCAUAAAUAAAUAAAUAAAUAAAAAGCGUAUAAAGCCUUAUCCUGAGUACGACGUGACUAUAAA